UUAUUCUAUACAGACAUAAAGAAUAGACUGGGUGAGACAUUUCCUUCACCGUUCAAUACGAUAACGCGUGCGCUUUUCUUCCAGAGAAACCAGUAGUCGCUUUAAUGGUAUGUACUUUCAUAGAGACGUGUUAUUUAACGAUGAGAAGUUUUGACUUAACAACGAAUAAUUCGAGUUGUGCAUCUUGUACGCUCGAACCACCGCCUGACAUCCUUCAUAUACCGCCACCACCGUUCCCAGCCAUUUUUCAACACAGCUCUGAUUUUUAUCCACACACGGAUUUAUUAUCGUUUCCACCUCAUUUCAAUGACAGUCCUUGCAAACAUUUCUGCGAUCGUCGUUCCGAAGGAGUUCAAUAUAUAGAAAUGCCUCAACAAGGAACAGUUUUCGAUGAUACAUGGUUGCUGGUUCUAAUAUCUUCUUGCAUCGGUGUAAUUUUUAUAGGCAUCGUAUUAGCAACAUUACUCUUGAAAUGCAAAUUUAAUAAAAGUGGUAAGAGUGGCGUAAUUUCUAUACCAAAUGCGACAUCUGGUAUACAAGCAAAAAAUGGAAGAAUUCAAAAUGAAGCUGUUCUUUACCCCUGUGGAGCUGAUACUAUGCAAGAUAGUCGUGUUAUGUGGGCUACUCUUACACCACGGGGUACUACCAGACAUUACCUAGAAGAACAUACUUAUGAAACAAUCGGCGGUGGACAAUUUCAUAAACGUGCCUGUUCAACUACGCCAACUGAACAUGUAAAACUUAAGACUUACGCAGAUCCUCCAGUUACAACUCCGAUUCAAAAUCGGUUAAAGGACGACAAAGCGUUUGAUAACACUGCAUUCGUAGAUUACGAAGAACCUUCGUUAAUGAAGACUGAUUAUUAUCAACUCAGCGAUGUUUUAGAAUCGAACGAUCCAAGUAUACAAAGAGGAACGCGGCCGCGCGUUAGCUCGCCAACACGGAUCGAACAUCCAAAUUUACCGCCCCUUAACCUUCAUCCUCAUAAACGUUCUUCUCGUAAAGGAUCUGCUACGUCACAAGCUUCAGAUACGUUAUUAAGAAAUAGUAUUACUUCAUCUACAUAUAUUCCUACUAUAUAAGUUUUACAUCUAACUUUUGUUAUAUAAUAAGCAACAGUAAACAGUACAUUUUGUACACAUUAUCUUCACAUCUAGUCAUUUUCAUCAAAAAAUAAGUAUAAGUUUUA